AUGGAGGAGCUACCAGCACCCCUUGAAUUACUACCCCAUCUCCCUAAUGAACUCAUCAUUCUUGAAAUCCUUCCAAGACUCCCAGUCAAGUCACUUUUGAAAUUCAGGUGCGUUUCGAAAUCAUGGCUUUCUUCAAUCUCAACCCCGCAUUUCAUCAAAGCCCAUCUCGAAAAAUCAUCCCAAAACAAAGAUCACAGUCACCACAGCCUCAUUGCACACUCUUCUGCACCACAUUUAGCUUUCAAGAACUGCUCUGUUCAGUCUUUGCUGCAACAGCCAGUUACUCAUGCAACUAAUGUUAAUUAUCCCGUUGCAAAUACCUCUAGUUCAAUCUCUGUUGUGGGUUCUUGCAAUGGGUUGAUUUGCAUUGUUGUAAACGGUGAACAAAUUCAUAUAUGGAAUCCAUCCACGACAAAAUCAAAGACGUUGAAUGACUCAGAUUUUAUAAGGGAGAAGCAUUGCUACACUAUUUAUGGUUUUGGACAUGAUGAGAUGAAUGAUGAUUACAAUGUAGUGGCGAUUAUAAACCCUCUAAUCGUUUGGGGGAAAUAUGUAGAAGGAAAGCUACACUGGCCUGGUUUCAGUGGUAAGCAAGACAGGGCUGUUGUUUCUUUUGAUUUAGCUCAAGCUAAAUAUGGAGAAUUGAAGCUUCCAAUCAAUGGAGAUGGAGCUUCGUUUCCGCUACUCGGAGUACUAGGGAGGUGCCUUUGUGUAAUGUACGAGUAUCAGUGGUCUAGUGUGGAUCUAUGGGUGAUGAAGGAGUAUGGAGUGAUGGAAUCUUGGAUCAAGAUGCUUACUUUUCCAAGUUUUGGGAUUCGAGGCCAUGUCCCGUUGUGCAUUUCAAGAAAUGGUGAAGUUUUAAUCCAAUUUGAAUCUACUCUCAAGUUGUACAAUUUGCAAGGUGAUUCAGUCGGAAAUCCUAAGAUCAUGAACAUGGAUGAAUGCUGCGAUGCAAUCUACUAUGUUGAGAGCCUGGUUUCUGCAAAUGCUAAUGAUAAAAAAGACAGGCGACAUGGAUAG